AUUGUAAAUUUUUUACCACAAAAACCCACGGGUACCCAUGAACCCGCGGAUACCCAGCGGGUUGGGUUGGGUUUGAGUUUUUCAAACCCAACGGGUUUUACCCCGGGUUUUUUUGCCGGAUAAACCCAUGGGUUUGGGUUUGGGUUUGACAAAACCCGCCCCAACCCGACCCAUUGCCAUCCUACGGCCCUACCAAAGCAUUUUGUCUAUUAUUUUUUGCUCUCCAAUUUAACCAAUGAUUAAAAUUCAUACCAUAUUGACGGUUCGACGGUUACGAUUAAUAUCGAAGUCAGAUUCAGAAGUACAUGCUUCAAUCUAGCUCUUGAUUCAAAUUGCUCUGACCUCUCUCUAACUUUCCCACUCCAUUCUCCAGGGGAAGCCGCCGGCUUCACCUCUGUGUGACCGGCGGCAACCCAAAUCGCCUCUUCUUUUGUUCAUUAUGAUGUUUCAUUUUCCAUCCCCUUAGUGGGUUCUCCAUUUCUAUCUUUGCUAUUUUCCCUAAGUGGAUUUUGCCAUGAACUUCUCUUAGGAGAUGUUUCCUCUUCCACAUUUCAUAUUUGUUACCAGAUCUUGAAAUCGUUCUUUGUGUGCAGAGGGAAUUGCUUUGCAAUUUACAACUUUCUUGUUGACUUUUGGAGCUCUCCUCCUUGCUUCACUCAAAAUGGCGCAGUGAUUCGGUGGUUUGGCUUGAUGCCGUUGGUUUUACUGUCAACUUGGUGGUUGUAAGGAUGUUUGGCUUUUCUUUGAGGUUUUGAUGCUCUGUCUCUUUUUCUUGUGGUUCGUUUCGCUUGGUGGUGUCUGGGAGUCAGCGGCGGGUUUGGUUGGUGUGGGUGCUGCUUUGUUUGUUGGAGGUGUUGUUUGGGGUGUGGGUUUGUGCAGGUUGGGUGGCGUUCUCAUCCGUUGGCUGCUUGUGCCUGUUUUCGUCAAUCGCUGUUUGUUGUUGUUUUGGGUUUGGUGUUGGUGGCGACGGUGGGCUUCAGGGUUGGUGGGGGUGCGUUGGUGCUUGUUGCAGAGGACUUCUUCCGGGUGCUCUUGUGUUGGUCAGGGGUUUUUUGGUGGCGGAUUCUGAGGAUGUGGGGGUGGUUCGUUUUCAUCGUUGGUGGUCGACGGUUGUUGCUGGUUGCAAGGUGCGGCGGUGGCGGUUGUGUUGUGUGGGUGCUGAGGCGAUGGUCGACGGUGGGGUUGUUGGGGUGGUGGCAGCGUUUCCUGUUGGUGGUGGUCGUCGGCGAUGUUUGUUGGGUUGGUGGCGGCGAUGGCUUUGGGUUGGCGGUGCGGCACGGUGCUGGUGGUGGCUGCGCAUGUUGAUUUGCUUUGGUUUUUUGCUUUAUUGUUGGGCUAGGGUUGUUUUUGGGCUUUAUUGGGCGGUGAUCGUAAGUAUGGGGCUUUGGGCUUUUUGUUUGUUUCUCGUAUAGGUUUGAGGUUUGGUUUUCUUUUCAUUUCGUGUGUUUUCUUUGUGCCUUUUUGUAGUUGGUUUGGUUGUGAGUUGUUGUGGGCUUCUUGUUCUCUGAGACUUGUCUUUCAUCCUUCCUGGACUUUGGUCCAAACUCUGUAACACUCUCCUAUUUCUUAAUGAAAUUAGGUUUCGUCAAAAAAAAAGUCAGAUUUCAGAACGGUAUGAUCAAAGGAGACAAGAAACCGUGCCAGCCAAUUUUUAGCUGGUGAUAUUUAGAUUUGUACAAACUUCAAGCCUAUAUAAGUUAGCUUUCUUUUGAAGGGGCUUGCUAGUAAAUGGUAUAUAAUCCAUUAUUUUAUCUCUGCUAAACAACCCUAGUUAUUGAUACUAAAUGAUUGCUUGCAAAAAACGUCAUUUGAACGACUAACUAAAUCGUCGAGUUAUUGAUACUAAACGAUUCUUGACAAAGAACAUCUUUGGAAAACGAACGACUAACUAAAUCAUGACUAAUAGUUUGAUAUAAGUUACAUCAUUGAAUCCCUCUCAACAACUUGAAUUUUUUAUGCUAAACGGUUCUUGACAAAGAGCACCAUUCAAAGGCGAACGAAUAACUAAACCAUGAAUAAUUGUUUGGUACGCAAGAGAGAUAUUGUUGAUAGUUUCGACUACUAAUAUAUUUUUAUUUACAAGAAAAGUUCAAAUAUAAAAUUCUAUCAUAGAUAUUUAAAAAUUUAAUAAAAAUGGACUCACUUUGAACGAAAUCCUGACUACUCCCCUGAAUCCAGUGACGCGGAUCAUACUCUGAACCAGAACGAGCGCCAAAUGGAAUAGACUACCCUCUAUUAGACAAACAAACGGCUAUGAAUUUUCUUUUUUUUGGUAAAAGCUAUGAAAUUUUCAUCUCUAUACAUCUGUGAGUCAAACGAUCCAGUCUCGUAGUGGAGACUACGAAAGUGUAGCAAUAAGCUCACACGCUAAUGUGCCGGCUAUUCAGGAUUUUUCCAAAAAUACCACUAAAAAGAAAAUUUCCAAAAUUUUCCAAAAAUGCCACUAAAAUAAUAAUUAAAAAAUACCACACAUUUCCAAAAUGUCCAAAAAUACCACUCUUUCUAAAAAAACAACUUGUGGGCGCGGUUUUCGGUGUAAACCGCAUAGAUUGGGGCGGUUUUAUUGACCGCAUGGGGUGGGGGCGAUUUGGUCCAAAACCGAUGCCCCCUGCGGUUUGGUCCAAAAAAAAAAUUCCGAUCAAU